GGUGCUCGUUUUUUUGACGUCACGUCCGUGGAUACCACAGAUUAGAAGCUAGCUAGCUAACGCUGGAGAGUUCUCCUCUGUUUAAUUGGUCUAUUUAUUUAUUUCUCGCUUUUUUAUUAACAAACACCCAAUGAGAAGAUGAUCCUCACCGUUAAGCCGCUCCAGGGGAAAGAGUGUAAUGUGCAGGUUACAGAAAAUGAGAAAGUGUCAACAGUAAAAGAGUUAGUGUUUGAACGUCUGAACAUUCCACCAAACCAGCAGCGAUUACUCUACAAAGGAAAAGCACUUGCAGAUGAAUACAGAUUAAGUGAUUAUUCCAUUGGUCCCGAGGCCAAGCUCAACCUGGUGGUUCGUCCAGCAGGAGAGAGGAGCAGCGGGGCGGCAGUAAGCAGCAGCAGUAGUAGUAGUAGCAGCACUGAUGGAAGCAGUGGAGUUUGGCAGAUUCUGUCCACGGUUCUGGCCAGGCAUUUCAGUCCAGCGGAUGCAGCCAAGGUGCAGGAACAGCUCAUUAAGGAUUACGAACGCUCCCUCAGACAGCUCAGUCUAGACGAUAUUGAACGUCUGGCCGGACGUCUGCUCCACCCGGAGACAGAGGGAAUGGAUACAUCUUACAUGGACUGAGACCAGCUAAAUAAAAGAGCACACUUAUACGAGCAGUUCAGAAAGAGACAUACAUUGAAACAGCUGCAUGGUUUCAAAGGCAGAACAGAGGGUGAAGGUAUGCGUAAGGACAUUUAGGAAGAAGAGAGCCAUAUGAUCAUAUUUGCGUAUUUCAGAGUUGGCGAAUGUGGGUACCAUGUAUGCCAGACAGUAAAUAUUAAGAGAAAAUUCCUUACUUGUCUGUUGAAAAGUCCAUUGUCAUUUUGUUUUUGAGCAGUGUAAUGGUAAAUGUAAUAAGCAGUACUUUUAAUUACAAUCCCUCACCCAUUUUACUCCAAACCCUACAGAGCUGAAGUACAAGAAGGUGACCACCAGCAGUACUGAGCUCGACCUUCUACAGUGGUUCUUGGUUCUCAUUGUUUAUGCCUUUAUGAGGCUUUUUAGCAAGGCUAUUUUGAGUAGCACAGGAUGGAGGACAUGGUCUAUAAACCUGCAGUGGUGAGGUUGUAUAAAUAAGCCUAAAACACUCAAUAUUGAGAGCUGGUAUAUACAGUAUACUAAGAUGAUCAUGCAGAAAUGUAACCAAAAUUAAGUUGCACACAAUUUUGGUAUACUUUUUUAUCUUUAAGCAACAUAUGACUUACAGUUUCACUACGCAUUCGGUAUUUUACAUCCAGCUUUGUCUUUUCAACUUAAUUUAAAGUUGAGUUUUGGCUGCUACACAAACGUAUUUAUGGUAGUCAGAAGAGUUACAUCCAUCUUAAUCACUACUGAUCACAAUUCAACAUGUGUGUGGCCAUAUGAGGGCAAGUGCUCUGACUUUGUAAAUACUGUGUUUAUAUUAUUAAAAGGUUAAAAAAAAACUCUACUUGUCUGGAUUUAUUAAAACAUCAGGCUCCAACCAUGAGGCUGAACUUCAUGGGGGAAGAACUGUGACACUAUGAACACUUUGGUCAUAAAUGUAUCCUCAGCUUUAUUUGUCUAUUUGGCUUGGAAGAUUACACUAACAAGUUACAAAUGGCAUAUUGGCCAAGGACACCAGUUUCAACUUGUAAAACCAGUGUUUAAACCAGUGGUUCUCAAUCCUAAGGAUAUUCCACAAAGCAGGAUUAGGCCUGGACUCUGGAUUUAGUCUGUGCAAUUAGAGAAGAACUGAAGGACAUUCAUACUGGACAACAAUCAUCUUCAUUAUCUGGCUAACUAAGAAGUUUUGCCUUGAGAAAUACCAUUCUUGUCCCAAGGUACGCCUGGCAUCAAUUGUGAGCAGGAGAAUCACUGAUUAGACAGAUAACUUGAGCUCAAAGUUCACAGACAGUUGUUCAAAUGGAAUGCUUAGAUCUGAUAUUAGGAUCAUGGUUAGGAUCAUUGUUAAACUGAGAACUCAUACUAUUUUAGUAGAAUUUAGCCAGAAAUCUUGGCAUGAACCAAAUACUGUCCAGAUUUGUUUUCUUUCGUUUGACAGUUGAAACUUGAGCUUAACUUUAGGCUCAAGUUAUUAGGCUAAACCUAGAAAUCCUCUUUGUGUUGUACCCCACUUAGAUGGCAGGUGUGCAUCAGCGUUUGCAUACAGUUGCACCUAUUUUUUUCUCAUUAGACAUGCAUAUAUUUAAGCUUAAAUUAUCUAGCUAAACUGGGAAAUCCUGCUUUGUGUAGUACCCCCUGAUGGCAGGCGUCCAACACAGUUUGCUUAUAGUUAGUAGGUCUCUGCUCAAUCAUAACCAGUAAGUGUUUCACAAAAGUUAACCAGGUAACUUGAGUCUAAAUAAAGAAGACUGUCCAGUAGGAAUUUACUGUACCUUUAUUAUUGUUAGUUUCUUACUGGACAGGCUAAGCUUUAGGCUUAAGUUAUCUGAGCAAAACUGAAAAUAUCCUGCUUUGUGAAGUACCCCCUAGAUACAGCAGAUGCAACUGAAUAUUGGACUCCAAGGAUAGAACUGAAGACCCCUAGAAUAUAGAAUGUAGGGCAAUGGUACUCCAGGACCAGCAUUAAGGCGCACUGGUUUAAACCAUUCGUUUCUCAUUUUGCCAUAUAAAACUGAACUUUUCUGGUAUAAGGUAUGUAUAUAUAUAUUAAUACAAGUACAACAUGUAAAUGUACAAAAGGCAAAAAAAUCAAAACAUGAAAAGACAGGCUAUGA